AUGACAGAGAAGAAUAGAGGUGCAGCAACGAUUGAAUGCACACCCAAGGCACCGCAGCUCAUGAAACACCCGCUGGCUAUUGUGGCUUUGGUGCCUAAAGAAGCUGCUGUGUUCGCCGCCGGUGCAGUCGCCGGUGCCGCCGCGAAGAUCGUUACUGCGCCCUUUCACCGGAUUAAACUCAUCAUGCAGGUGAAGUACUUGGGAAUGCAGGUUAGACCACCUCUACGCCCAACGAUGCGACCCGUUGAGGAACACCAUGGCGGUUCGAUUACGCUCUCAGAUAAGAACGAUGUGGUAAAAGCUCUGCUUGACGCAGGUGCUCCAUCGAAUGUCGUAUCUUCUUCCAAUCUACUCUAUAAGAGGAUUUGGGUCGAGAUCCAACCUCACAAUCUCUAUUUCCACGCCAUUUUAAGCAACACCGCAGGAAAGCGUAUCAGAUGUGAAGAUAAGUUCUUAUACCCAUACUUCAUCACUCUAUUUGAACUUAAAAGGAUAAAAAAUCUGUUUGAAAAUCUGAAACGUCAUGUUCUCCUGUGAAAUAAGCAAUCAAAGGCAGCGUUUGUCUAAAGUUAACAUUUCGCACCCCAUGUGUUUGAUGGAAUGUCCCGGAGAAAAAGGAAAAGGCAAAUUCCUGCUAAGCAAACUCAAUUUAAAAAACCUCAACAAAUGUUGAAAUCAGUCGGCUGAUGCCGCAGCAGCUUCUCAAGAUAGCUAUGUUUAUCCAGCGUAUGCAAGUUUCGUAUGAGAAAUUGAAUGGGAAGGAGAAAACAAAGAGAAUAAAGAAGGGUAUUAUGGUCAUAUGUCAUCAAUCUUCAACAAUAGUGCAAGUUUCUUUGGCCGUGAUCCGAUCUUGACAUGUUUAGUGAACAAUAAAUAAUUGGGCUUAUUAAUCUCUUUUUCUUCUUGAAUUCUGAAAAUAAAAAAUCCAAGUUUCAAAAAACAGAUAUGGGGAUUCCAUUAAAAGAUGUUCAUGUUAUCUUGAUUUCCGGUAAAUUCCAUUAAAAGCUCCUAUUUAAGCGUUAGAGAAGGAUAAAGUGUGGAGCAAGGAUAAAGUUAGAGAAUGGUGC